AGAAGUUCCGGGUAGGCGUGGACCAUUCUUCAGAAUAACGAAAGCGUUAGAACUGUGCUGUCUAGACGAUAACCUUUGUAUUUAUUACUACAGGCUGACUCAGAUUGAGUCUGAGGCCGGUAACAUCAACAGUGAGGACAAACCCAGCCUGCCUCUCUCCUUCCACACUGACUCCAAACCUACAGUCACUGGGUCCUGAUUGUGACAGUUGAGCCCAGUUUGCACUGCAGUAUCCAGAGAUGGCAUCAGUGAAGCUGGAAGACUGCAGUCAAACACUAGAGCUGGAUGUCAACAUUAAAGAUGAAGAAGAGGAGGAGAAGAUUGGGAAAUCUGUUAGUCAUGGUGACGUUGAGACAUUCUCUACAUCAAGAAAAAAGCAGGAAGAUCACAGAGCUAAGAGGUCUCACCACUGCACACAUUGUGAGGAGAUUUUCCCAAUGCUAUCAAAGCUAAAAAUACACCUAAAAAUACACACAGGAGAGAAUCAGUAUUCCUGCACUGACUGUGGAAAGAGUUUCACAACAUCAAGGGCUCUGACAGUUCAUCAGAGAGUGCACACAGGAGAGAAGCAUUACUCCUGCUCCGACUGUGAAAAGAGUUUCUCCCGAUUGGAUAAGUUAAAUAGGCACCAGCUAAUACAUACAGGAGAAAAGUCUUACUCCUGCUCAGACUGUGGGAAUUGUUUCGCCCAAUUUAAUACCUUAAAAUCUCACCAGCGUAUGCACACAGGAGAGAAGCCUUACUCCUGCUCUGACUGUGGGAAGAGUUUCUCUCAACUGGGAAGCUUACAAACACACCAGCGUAUUCAUACGGGAGAGAAGCUUUACUCCUGUUCUGACUGUGGGAAGAGCUUUAGAACAUCAGGUGCUCUGACAGUUCAUCAGAGCGUGCACACUGGAGAGAAGCCUUAUUCCUGCUCUGACUGUGGGUGCAGAUUCUCUCAACGGAGAAACUUAAAAAACCACCAACAUAUACACACAGGAGAGAAACCCUACUCUUGCUCUGACUGUGUAAAAUGCUUCACAACAUCAUAUGAGCUAACAGUUCACCGGAGAACACACACAGGAGAGAAUCCUUACUUCUGCUCUGACUGUGGGAAGAGUUUCUCCCUAUUGGAUACCUUAAAUAAACAUGAACGUAUACAUACAGGAGAAAAGCCUUACUCCUGCUCUGACUGUGGGAAGAGUUUCUCUCAAAAGAGCAACUUAAAAAGACACCAACGUUCACAUACAGGAGAAAAGCCUUACUCCUGCUCAGACUGUGAAAAGAGUUUUUCCCAAUUGGAUAAGUUAAAUAGUCACAAGCGAAUACAUACAGGAGAGAAGCCUUACUCCUGCUCUGACUGUGGGCAAAAUUUCUCUCAACACAGCAGCUUAAAGAAACACCAACGUAUACACACAGGAGAAAAGCCUUACUUCUGCUCUGACUGUGGAAAAUGCUUCACAACAUCAUCUGAGCUAACAGUUCACCAGAGAACACACACAGGAGAGAGGCCUUACUCCUGCUCUGACUGUGGAAAAUGCUUCAAAACAUCAUCUGAGGUAACAGUUCACCAGAGAACACACACAGGAGAAAAGCCGUACUCCUGCUCUGACUGUGGGAAGAGUUUCUCUCAACAGAGCAACUUAAAAAAACACCAAUGUUUACAUGCAGGAGAAAAGCCUCACUUCUGCUCUGACUGUGGGAAUUGUUUCACCCAAUUAUAUACCUUAACAUGUCACCAGCGUAUACAUACAGGAGAGAAGCCUUACUCCUGCUCUGACUGUGGGAAAACAUUCUCUCAACACAGCAGCUUAAAGAAACACCAACGUAUACACACAGGAGAAAAGCCUCAUCAGUUCUCUCAGACCAGCUAAGAUUAAAGUCACUUCAUCACUUAAAUCUCAUGUCAUAAAGUAAGUGGUAACUGUGAAUUGGAUCCUAUUGUUUCUCACUGUGAGUGAAAUGUGCAGAGGAAAGGGAGUGUUAUAGAAUGUUAGCCUCUCUUUACUUUACUGAUAGGUGUACACCUUGUCAGUUUUGGUGUGUUUUGUUAGCUUCUAUUGUAAAGAUAUUGAGAUGACCUUGGAUUUGUCCUUAGGGUGGAAUACCCUCUGCGGUUUCUCUUGUUGAAACAACGAAGUCUGAUGGUUGACUGGGUGGUACUGCUUCCCUCUGCAGUUUUCAGUGGGAAUGAGCAAGUAGACACAACAUGUAUCAGAUAGAGAUGGUGUGAGAAUCAGUUUUAACCUUUCGUUUGGGUAGAUAUAUAUUUUUUGUUACUGUUAAUUAGAAUGUGUGUCUUAUUAGACCUGUGGAUUUCAGGGUCAUCAUGUUGAUGGUUCUUCCUGUUCUAUGUCAUGGACUGUGGGUUUUGGGCUAAAGAUUGUUUUGGCAAGUUUGACAAACAAUGUCAAAGUAAUACUGUAAUUUCUCUUUGUCAUCUGAACAGUAAAACUCAGCUUUUCGAUUUA